AUGUAUGUCUUUCUGAGAGACCGUUCAACGCAGACGCUCAUUGAGACGUGUGCCCAGUUCGCCGAACAAAACUGGACGCUGCCUAUCGAAAUGGCUACACGCGCCGUGACGACUCCCGACCUACAAAACUACCACUCCACCGCAAGCACACCGAGUCUGAGGAGCAGAGAGCCCGUCGAUAGCAUGGAGAGGCCGUACACACCGCCAGACGGCGACGCAGGAAAUGUCAAGGUCGUUGUGCGCGUGCGCAAAUUCAUCAAGAGAGGUGGGACAGAUAUUGCACAUACGUGUGGAUUCGUUGCUGAUACGGGAAGCAGAGCUAGAGAAGAAGUCACCAUGUAUCAUAAAGAUGGACUCGAGGACUCAGGAGACAACGCUAUGUCCGCCGAUGCUCACACAAGAUGAAGAGAAAAGUUCAAAGAAGACAUACCGAGAGCAAUCCUUCACCUUCGACAAGUCGUUCUGGUCACACAGCGAGGCGGAUCCACACUUCGCAGGCCAGACUGAUGUCUAUGCAUCCUUUGGAGAAGAGUUUCUUGACCACAACUUCGAUGGAUACCACACAUGUAUCUUCGCGUACGGUCAGACGGGAAGCGGCAAGUCGUACACCAUGAUGGGUACCCUCGAUCAGCCUGGCCUCAUUCCACGAACUUGCAGAGGACUGUUCGAGAGGAUCGAAGCGGAGCAGAACGGCAGUAUAACGUACAACGUCCACGUUUCAUACUUUGAGAUCUACAACGAGCAUGUGAAGGAUCUGCUCACACCACGCACCAAUCCGCCGACAUACCUCAAGAUCCGAGAGAGCAAGAGCGAUGGCGUCUACGUGCAGAACUUGACCGACGAGCCUGUGAAGAGCUACGAGGAUAUCGAGAGACUCAUGAAGAUGGGAGACAUGAAUCGAACGACCGCAAGCACCAAGAUGAACGACACCUCUUCCCGCUCACAUGCCGUUUUCACCCUCACACUCAAGCAGAUCCAACACGACAUCGCAACAGACAGCACAAUCGAGCGGCUGGCCCGCAUGAGACUUGUCGACCUGGCAGGCUCCGAACGAGCUAACCGCACCGAAGCCACAGGCCAGCGACUCCGCGAAGGAGGCAACAUUAACCAGUCUCUCACUACACUUGGCCGAGUAAUCGCAGCCCUCUCGGACCCAAAGCGUCAAAUGGCAUCUCGCAAGCCCGGACUUCAAAAUCAAACCAAGCGCCGGCUCGAAGUCGUUCCAUACCGAGACUCGGUCCUCACUUGGCUGCUCAAGGACUCUCUCGGCGGCAACAGCAAGACCGCCAUGGUGGCUUGCAUUUCCCCGACAGAUUACGAAGAAACGCUCUCUACUCUCCGCUACGCCGACCAAGCCAAGAAGAUCCGCACCAAGGCCCAUGUCAACCAGGACGCUGUUUCGGCCGCAGAGCGCGAUGCCAAGAUCCUCGAAAUGCAAGAAGUGAUCAAAUCACUACAACUCUCUGUCAACGCGGCCGCAGUCCGCAAGCGCGACGAGGCAGACCGUGCUCGCGACGAAUUGGAAGACUACCAACGCCAGGUCAACAAAAUGCAACGCGCCAUGGAGGAAUCUCGCGCCGUAUCGGAAGUCAAGAUCCGCGCUCUCACGCAGGAAGUCGACGAGCUUCGCCCGCAGAAUGAAGCUCUGCAGAUCGAAAUCGAAGCUCUGCGCAGACAUUUGGCGCUUGCAGUAGGGGAAUUGAAGAACCCGAUUGUUCUGCCGGAGGGUCUUGGGGAUGAUGACGCGGAAUCUGGAGAUGAAGACCGUGAUAGUGGCGUGGGCGAGGACUUCAGUGACGGGGAAGAAAAGGACGCGUUUGAGCAAGCGCUGUGGCAGCAGGAGGUGGAAUCCCUGAUGACGGAUUUGGGACUUUUCAAGAGAAAGGUUGCGGACGAUAAGGCGAGGUUUCCGCAUCCUGAGGGGGUACAGGUCAUUUGA